AUGAUAAACGUUGGUUCGAUUAACCUUGAUUACGACAAGAAAGUUCAAAAAGAUGGGCAGCUAAAGCCAUCACUAAAGGAUCUACGUCCAGAAGACAAAACACGUAUUGCCAAUUUGAUCAGAGAGUUAGCCAAAACUGGUCGGGAAAAGGAUAAUGCAACUAAUGAGUUGGAGUCUGAAAGAAAGAAAUAUCAACUUCAAGAAAAACAGAGUAAAGAACAAUUGGAGUUGGUAGCAAAUGAAAGAGACACAGUCAAGCAACACUAUAUAGAAUGCCAAAAACUUCUUGCUCAGUAUCAGAAUCAGUUAAGAGCAGAACAGGAGAAGGCUGAAGAAGCUGUCAAGAAGGCUUCAGAACAAGCAGAGCUUGCACAAGCACAGCAGAAAAUGGCAGAACAGAAUGCAGCAUGGACUGCGCAGAUGGCAGUAGAGAAGGAAAGAUUAACCAUGUUAAGCAAGGAGCGUAGCCCUGCAAAACCUAGGAAUAAUACAAUUAGGGAUGAUCAACAGUAUUCUGAUGCAGAAAAAAUGAUAUAUACUGCACCCAAUGGUGUUCAUAACUUACGAGAUCUACAGCAUCGCCUGAAUUCCAGACAUCCUACACACCAAAUCCAUGACAUCCAGCAUAGAGUCACAAAUAAUCCAACAGAAAAACUUCAUCCAGAUGAUCCAGAAGAUGUACCAUUACCAUUUAAUCCUGCUUUAACCAGUACAAACCGGUCACAACAUGUUUUAUCUCGGAACUCACAGUCUCUACAAACCUCCAAGACAUUAGUUCACCAAUCUCAUCCAAACCACUUUAAGGAUGAACAAUGGUCAGUGAAUGAUGUAGCAGAUCCCAGAAGAUCAGCAGAUAAGUUUCACAUUCUUGAGCCUCAGAUUGAUGAGACACCAACAUUUGAAGAUGAAGUCACACCGAUGUCACCAGUUGAACGUCAAGUAUAUAAUGAUACUGCUCCACAGUACCGAAAAGUCUAUGAACGUAUGACACCUGAUCAACGAUGGAAUGAACUUCUCUUGCACAGGGAAAAAUUGCGGCAAGAGCAAGACUGGCUGCGCCAAAAACUUCACGAACAGGAGGAGUUACUGCAACAGAGAAAAGUAGAGAAAACAUUCAAGCAUGGCACACAACAUCAUUUGAUGUCAAUUAAUACAGAACAAUAUCAGGAACCAGAAUGGCAGCCUAAGGUACAAACGACAAAAGAUGUUCCUAAUGAUUAUGAUCUUAAAGACUUUGAUAAGGUAUCAAAUAGCAGAAGAUUAAUGCAAAAGAGUAGAAUUAGUGAACCUUCAGAUGAAUUAAUGUAUGAGGAUAGUAAUUCAAGAACUCGCACUUCAACUCAAAGUAAUCAACAUUAUAAUAGAACAAGAAAUCAUGUAACUACGCAAAACCACAAACUACUUACACGGAAAGCAAGGGGAAAAUAUUUGCCAUUUCAGAACGAGAAUAAGGUACCUUCAUCAAAGGUAUCAAUGGCUGAUAAGGGAAGCUCUCCACUUUAUGUUAAUAGAGAGACACAGACAUUGUCUAAAGAAAAGUAUGGUGACAUUGCAGCUCAAAGUGAUAGAAGGUUGCUUGACAUCAGUUGUGACAUGACAUCUCCCAGUGAAAGCAGAGGGCUUGAUGGCAGCCAUCACAUCACAGCACCCAGUGCAAGAAGAGGGCUUGAUGUCAGUUGUCAAGUUACAGCUCCCAGUGAAAGCAGAGGGCUUGAUGGCAGCCAUCACAUCACAGCACCCAGUGCAAGAAGAGGGCUUGAUGUCAGUUGUCAAGUUACAGCUCCCAGUGAAAGAAGAGGGCUUGAUGUCAGUCAUGGCAGGGAGUUUGUGCCUAGAUACAUGGAAAAUACCAGUUUAUUGAAGGACAUUGUUGAUACUGUUGAAGUCACACACAGUUCAAGGUUCGACCCUCUACUAGUUGAUUGCGAACCAGUGCCAGCUCAGCAAAACCCACUGUUGGUUCAACGAAACCCACCAUCUAUUCAUCAUGACCCACAAUCAAUUCAAAGAGACCCACCAUCUAUUCAUCAAGGCCCACCAACUGUUCAUCGAGACCCACCAUCGUUUCAGCAAGACCCACCAUCGGUUCAACGGAUAAUCACAUCUAGGGUGGCCCCAUCAAGAAAAACAUUUUCCUCACCAGAUCUUUUUGAUAUUCCAGGUGAUGAGGAAAUUGAUAAAAUUGAAGAGUCACAAAUACUGGAGGAUAUAUUUUUUCUAAAGUGAAAAUUAUCAGGAAAUACUUCCAAUGAAACACAUAAUAUUCAAUUUAUGUGUACUACAGUAUAUUGCUUUUCUAUUCACAAGUUUGUAUAGUUGAUAGGAUAUUGACACUCAGUCUAUAAUAGGACUAAUUGCCUUUCUAAAUCAAAAGUAUUUUAAAUUGUAUAACUAAUGUUUUGAAAUAUAAAAGUAUGUUAAUACUACAUUAUAUACAGUGCACCCUCAAUUCAGUUGAAUUUUAAAAAAAUCUAUUAUCCCACAAUGGGGAAACUCAUUUGGCCUUGACAGUAAAACAUGCAAACAACAAAAAUAUACAAAUAAGUAUGUAGAAUUCCUCAGUUAAAAAUUAGUUUAAAAAAUCUGAGAAUCCUCAAAUUCAAGACCACUUAUCCAAAGAUCCAAAUAACAACCUUAAAUCUUUUAGCAAAGCUAUGAUAAUUGGAGACCAAACCCUAAGACCACCCCAAAUUUUCAGGUUCCAAAGUUGGCCUCGAAUUUGAGGGAGAACUGUAGAAUUAAUAUUACCAACAGCUACACAUUAAUGUGCUAUUAAUAAUUGAUUGGAUAUCUACUUUCUAUGCACUUUUAAAUCAGCAAUCUUUUUUUUCUUUUUUAAAUACGGUAAUAUUUAGAAUGUAAAAUUCAUAUAUAGUUUUAUAGCCAGUUUAACAUCCAGGGUGCAUUAAAGUAGAUCAUAUAUUUAAAUUUUGAAAUAUAUUGUUGUGAUGAAUGUAGAUGGGGAUGGUUUUAUCUACUGUAGUUGAAUUAAAAUAUGCAUCAACAACAUC